GCCUCCCACGCAUGAGCCACCCACGCAUUCUUCAGGUAUGCCCCUGCAGGACUCCCCUCAUGCCAGAGAGUGGAACACAGAGGAAGAGAUUAUGGCUGCCAUGGUUUUUUCAAUUGGACCUUUGAAUCCUGAAGAUUCCCAGGCAGAUAACGAUCCUCACCUUCAGCCAGAAGAGCCAGAGCUGGUAAAGGAUCCCGUGACAUUUAAAGAUGUGGCUAUAGACUUCACGUUAGAAGAGUGGAGGUUGAUGGACCCUUCACAGAGGAACCUACACAAGGAUGUGAUGCUAGAGAAUUAUAGGAAUCUUGUCUCCCUGGAGUUGGAGACCAAACCUGCAACCAAGAAUGCUGUAUCAACAGAGGAUGUUUCUGAAGAUGUAUCACAAGGGACCGUAAUAGAUAAACUCACAGAGAAUGGUCUUUGGAACUCCAGAAUAGGAGGAUUAUGGAAAUGGAAUGAAAGGAUAUUAAGAUUGCAAAACAGUCAGGAAAGUCAUUUGAAUCAAAAAAUAGUUACUCACAAGAAAAUUCCCUCUGGUCAAAGAAGAUUUAGAUUUGGAUCUCUUCUUUUUCCUGAAGCAGGCAUUAUCACAGAAGAACCCCACAGCAAAUGUCAAACACAUGAGAAUUUCACUGGGAAUUUAAAUUUGAUUACAGAUACCCAUCUGGGGAAGAAACUUUGCAAGGAUACAGAAGGCGGCAAAGCCAUAAGGCCUACUUCAGAACUUACCUUAAAGCCCUAUAUAUGUAGUACAUGUGAAAAGUCCUUUCAUUGUAGGUCAUUACUCAUUCAACAUCAGAGAACUCACACUAAAGAAAAACCUUAUGAAUGUGAUGAAUGUGGGAAAAUGUUUAGCCAGCCUUCAUAUCUCAGUCGACAUAAAAAAAUUCACACAGGAGAAAAACCCUAUAAAUGUAAUGAAUGUGGGAAAUCAUUCAUUAAUUAUUCAUGCCUUACCGUACACCACAGAAUGCAUAGAGGAGAGAAACCUUAUAAAUGUAAUGAAUGUGGAAAGGCCUUCAUGCAUUCUUCAUCCCUAAUUAUACAUCAGAGGAUUCAUACUGGAGAGAAACCUUACCUAUGUAAUGAGUAUGGGGAAUCUUUCAGAAUAAAAUCACACCUAACUGUACAUCAGAGGAUUCAUACUGGAGAGAAACCAUAUAAAUGCACCGACUGUGAGAGGGCAUUUGCCAAAAUGGUAAAUCUCAAAGAGCAUCAGAAAAUCCAUGCUGGAGUGAAACCUUAUAAAUGCUGUGAUUGUGAAAAAUCGUUCAGGACUAAGUCAUACCUUAGUGUACAUCAAAGGACCCAUACUGGAGAAAAACCAUAUAAGUGUACUGAAUGUGAGAAAUCUUUCACUAAUACAUCACAACUUACUGUACAUAAAAGAAGAAGGCACACUGGAAAAAAAACCUAUAAAUGUAAUGAGUGUGGGAAGGUUUUCAGAAGGAACUCAGGCUUUCAGACCCAUCAAAGAACACAUACUGGAGAGAAACCAUUUAAGUGUAAUGACUGUGGGAAAGCAUUUAGCCACAUGGUACAUAUCACAGGACAUCGGAAAAUCCAUAGCAGAGAGAAACCCUAUAAAUGUGAUGUCUGUGGAAAAGCCUUUAGGAGAGGUUCAUACCUUACAGUGCAUAGGCGAACACAUAUUGAAGAACAACCCUAUACAUGUAAGGAAUGUGAAAAAGGUUGUAUCACUCUAUCGCUGCUAACUCGCCAUCAGAGAAUUGAUACUGGGGAAAGGCCCUAUAAAUGUGAAGAAUGUGGAAAAGCCUUCAGAAGCAACUCAGACCUUACUGUUCAUCUGAGGGUACAUACUGGAGAAAAACCCUAUAAAUGUAAUGAGUGUGGGAAGGUUUUCAGAAAUAAGUCAGGCUUUAAUAAGCCUCAAAGAACACAUACUGGAGUGAAACCAUUUAAGUGUAAUGACUGUGGGAAAGCAUUUAGCCAGAUGGUACAUGUCACAGGACAUCAGAAAAUCCAUAGCAGAGAGAAACCCUAUAAAUGUGAUGUCUGUGGAAAAGCCUUUAGGAGUAGUUCAUACUUUACAGUGCAUAAGCGAACACAUACUGGAGAAAAACCCUAUACAUGUAAGGAAAGUGGAAAAGGUUGUAUCACUCUAUCGCUGCUAACUCUCCAUCAGAGAAUUCAUACUGGAGAAAGGCCCUAUAAAUGUGAGGAAUGUGGAAAAGCCUUCAGAACCAACUCAGACUUUACUGUACAUCUGAGGAAGCAUACUGGAGAAAAACCCUAUAAAUGUAAUGAGUGUGGGAAAGCCUUUAGGAGUAGCUCCAGCCUUACUGUACAUCAAAGAAUCCAUCAAAGAGAAACUCAGCUAAUAUAAAGAUUAAUAAAGCAUUCAUCCAGAUGCCAGCACCACAAGAGGAAUCCAACUGUCUUUUAUGGACAAUUCACCAGAGAAAAUACACACUUAAGAGAUACUUUAGAGUGGCUGUCUGGGUGGCUCAGUUGUUUAAGCAUCUGCCUUCACUCAGGUCAUGAGUCCGGGGUCCGGGG